UGGCUUUGUUAUUGGUGCAUGACUUUUCACUUUGUACCAUCUCUAGCCAGGGCCAAAAAAACAUUCCAAUUUCUCUGCUGCGAUUUCACUUUCACAAAACAAAUUAAGGCUGCGCCAGCCGGCCGCCGCUGCUCCAUUGGACAACACACACUAUCAAUUACUAGAGCCAACCAAGCGAUAAUGGCGCCGAUAAGCUGAUAACCUCGACGUGCAGCUACUGCCAGCUGUUAAAACAAACGUAAAACAGUUAGAGUAACCCCAAAAAGACAUGGAUCUGAUGCAUCGAGCCCUGCUCACCGCUUUGGGUGCUCUUUCCGUGCUCUACGCCCUGGUCAAGUUCAGCCUGGGCUACUGGAAGCGACGGGGCAUCCUGCACGAGAAGCCCAAGUUCCUGUGGGGCAACAUCAAGGGCGUGGUGGGCGGCAAGCGGCAUGUCCAGGACGCCUUGCGCGACAUCUACGUGGGCUACAAGGGGAGAGCACCCUUUGUAGGCUUCUACGCCUGCCUCAAGCCCUUCAUCUUGGUGCUCGACCUGAAGCUAGUCCACCAAAUCAUCUUCACCGAUGCGGGCCACUUCACUUCGCGCGGUCUCUACAGUAAUUCCGCUGGAGAACCGCUGUCGGCCAAUCUCCUGCAGCUGGAUGGCCACAAAUGGCGUUCGCUUCAUGCCAAAUCAGCAGAGGUUUUCACGCCGACCAACAUGCAGAAGCUGCUGCCCAGGCUGGCGCAAAUCUCCGCCAGAAUUCACAGCGAUCUGGGCAAAGUUGGCCUGCAGACGCGCAACAUUAGCGAGUUGGUGGGUGCCUACAAUGCGGAUGUGAUGGCCUCGAUGGCCUUCGGAUUGACUGACCAGGAUCACCAGGAGUUUUCCAGGUGGACGAGCAGCUACUGGGCAGGUUUUAAGCUGUGGAAUGCCUACCUCGCGCUGGAGUUCCCGCUCAUUGCCCGGCUGCUGCAGUACAAAAGCUACGCGGAGCCCGCUGCGGCUUACUUUCAAAAAGUAGCCCUGUCGCAGCUUCAGGAGCAGCGACGCAGGGAUCGCCAGCCGCUGCAGACCUUCCUGCAGCUGUAUUCCAACGCGGAUCAGCCGCUGGGCGAUGUCGAGAUUGCUGCCCAGGCCUUUGGCUUUCUACUGGCAGGCUUGGGCCCCCUAAAUGCCAUCCUGGGAUUCUGUCUCUACGAAUUGGCCCGCCAGCCGGAGCUGCAGGAUCGAACCAGGCUGGAGAUUAGAAAGACACUGGAGCAGCAUGGUGGCCAAAUGACGCCCGAGUUCCUUAGGGAACUGCGGUUUACGAAGCAAGUCCUGAAUGAAACGCUUCGCCUGCACACGCCACAUCCCUUCCUGCUGCGCCGGGCUACCAAAGAAUUCGAGCUGCCCGGAUCGGUGUUCGUCAUCGCCAGGGGCAACAGUGUGCUGAUACCCACGGCGGCUAUACACAGAGAUCCGGAGAUAUAUCCCGAUCCCGAGCGCUUCGAUCCGAAUCGAUUCGAGGAGGAGGCCAUGCGAUCCCGUCCACCGGCUUCCUUCCUGCCCUUCGGCGAUGGCCUGCGAGGAUGCAUUGCCGCUCGGUUCGCGGAGCAGCAGCUGCUGGUGGGAUUGGUGGCGCUGCUGAGGGAGCACAGAUAUGCCCCCUGUGCGGAGACCACGAUUCCCAUGGAGUACGACAACAGGAGACUCCUCCUGAUGCCCAAAUCGGACAUUAAGCUCAGUGUGGAACGAAUGGACUAGCUUUAG